AUGGCGGGGCUGAGGGCCUCUCCGCUCCUCUCCCCGCAGGCCGCCGCUCCCCGCGCCCCGAAGAGGCCGAAGCAGCGCCCGGCGGAGCGCGGCGGGGCCGGGCCGGGCAGCACGGCCGGCUCUGCCCGCGGGGCCGCCCCGCUCCCGCCCCCGCCGCCCUCCGGCCUCCCCCGCCCCUGCGUCCGCUUCAAGUGCGGCCUCGCCGGGCCCGUCCUGGAUGUGCUGCGCUGCCGGCCCGGCUGGCAGCAGGCGAAGGACGAGGAGGAGUGGGAUUUUCUCUGGUGUGAUGUCAGUUGGCUUCGGGAGAAUUUUGACCACACGUACAUGGAGGAGCAUGUUCGCAUCUGCCACUUUCGCAAUCACUAUGAGCUGAGUCGGAAGAACUAUUUAGUGAAGAACCUGAAGAGGUUUCGGAAGCAGUUAGAAAGAGAAGCAGGAAAGCUUGAGGCAGCAAAAUGUGACUUUUUUCCAAAGACAUUUGAAAUGCCUUCAGAGUACCAUUUGUUUGUGGAAGAAUUUCGCAAGAAGCCUGGCAUCACUUGGAUAAUGAAACCGGUUGGCAGGUCACAAGGUAAAGGAAUCUUCCUGUUCCGAAAACUGAAGGAUAUCAUUGACUGGAAGAAGGAUGGUGUCCGCGCAGAUGAGCAGAAAGAUGCUACACAAAUAGAAACUUAUGUAGCCCAGCAGUAUAUUGAAAACCCAUACUUAAUAGGAGGUCGAAAGUUUGACUUGAGAGUUUAUGUUCUAGUGACAUCCUACAUCCCACUGAAGGCCUGGUUAUACAGAGAUGGAUUUGCUCGCUUUUCCAAUACACGAUUUACUCUGAAUAGCAUAGAUGAUCACUGUAUCCUACCUGUCUCUGUGUGUGAUGUUCAUCUCACCAAUGUGGCAGUGCAAAAGACUGCUCCAGAUUAUGAUCCCGAGAAGGGCUGCAAGUGGAUGAUUCAGCAGCUCAGGCAGUACUUGACUGCCAAGCAUGGACCAGGAUUGGUGGAAGUUCUCUUUGCUGAUAUGGACAACAUUUUCAUCAAGAGCCUCCAGAGCGUUCAGAAAGUGAUUAUCAGUGACAAGCAUUGCUUUGAGCUCUACGGCUAUGACAUCUUGAUCGAUCGGGAUCUGAAACCCUGGCUUCUGGAGGUAAAUGCUUCACCUUCCCUUGUUGCCAGUAGCCAGGAAGACUAUGAACUCAAGUGUCAUCUUCUCAAAGACACACUUCAUAUUGUGGACAUGGAAGGCAGGCUGACAGGGAAGGAGAAGCGUGUUGGAGGCUUUGAUCUGAUAUGGAACGACGGGCCUGUCAGCAGAGAGGGAAACCUGGGUACCCCGGUGAAUGGGAACUUCAUGGCAAACACACAUUUAGGCUGCUAUAAUGACAGGAAGCAACAACUGAAGCAGCUUUUCAGGACUCUUUCUGCGCAGCAGACAGUGUAAGGCCGAUACCAAGCUUGGGUUGGGAGAUCACCAUAGGUGAAGUUUGUGGUGUCUCUCCCUCUCUUCCUCGUAUGCAGCAGCAGUUUCCAUUCCUCUCUGGACAUGGCUGCCUCAGCACAAGACUGCUGAGCUUGUUUCCUAAGGAUUCCCCAGCUGGGAGGCUGCAACAGGCUUGAAUAAAAUAUUUCAUAAUGGCCGACACAAGACACUCACAAGUGAUGCUGGCUUCUCAGCUGACCACCUGCAACCUACACAGACUGUGAGAAAAGAAAGCAGCUAAACACAUUCUGCAUAGCAAAACAAAGCUUUUAAGGAAGGCGGGCACCUGAUCCCUCUGCUGCUACUACUAUGGAAACAUGUCAGAUCAUAAAACCUGUUGCCAUGAUACUGUAAAAAUAACCUUGCCAUCACAUGUUAAGGAGACAUUUCCCGGCUGUACUACACAGGUUAUGUAAGAGCGUAGUUACAACACAGGCACUUGGCAGGGUGCUGCCAUUCACUUCCAGAAGAGAUGCAGCUUUCUGAAAAGCUACUGGUAAGACAGAUCAGAUAAUAAGCUGAUGUUACUCUUAAUUUAUGUAUCUGAAGCAUAAGCCUGAAGUGGACAGCCUUGCUUCUUGCAGUUGAACACUUGGGCUAUGUUGUGUUAGCUGCAAAAUUUUAAAAACUUGGCUCAAAUAAAUGGCAGUUGGCUUUAUAGAUUUUAAAAAUGAGCAAUCCCUCAGUU